AUGGUGGAAAAAGCAGAAGUGAUAAUCGUAGGUGCUGGAACUUCAGGUUUAGCUGCUGCAGCAUGCUUAACACAAAAAUCAGUACCAUUCACUCUUCUCGAAAGAGAAGAUUGUUUUGCUUCCUUAUGGCAAAAAUACACCUAUGACCGUCUUCACCUUCACCUUGGAAAAAAAGUGUGUGAGCUUCCCUUUCUUCCAUUCCCUGAUUCCUACCCUCGCUAUGUUCCUAAGAAGCUCUUCAUUGAGUAUUUAGACUCAUAUGUGAAGCACUUCAACAUCAACCCUUUGUACCACAGAUCUGUGGAGCUUGCGGAGUUUGAUGAGGUGGAUCGGAAGUGGAAGGUGAAGGCUAAGAAUAGAAGCUCCGGUGAGGUUGAAGAGUACUCUGGAAGGUUCUUGGUGGUGGCUACUGGGGAGACUGCCGAGCCACGUGUCCCUCGGGUUGAAGGUUUGGAGAGUUUCAAAGGGAGAGUGAUGCACUCCACAGGAUACAAGAAUGGGAAGGAGUUCAAAGAUGAACAUGUUCUUGUUGUUGGUGCUGGUAAUUCUGGCAUGGAGAUCGCUUUGGACUUGUCCAAUUUCGGUGCCAAACCUUCCAUCAUUGUUCGAAGCCCGGUUCAUAUUCUAUCAAGGAAUAUGAUGUAUUAUUCAGGGAUGUUGUUAAAGUAUUUGUCCCUAAGCACGGUGGAGAAGCUGCUUGUUAUAGUGAGUAAGAUAGUGUAUGGGGAUCUGAGCAAGUAUGGGUUACCUUGGCCAAGUGAAGGACCUUUCACCAUGAAAAUCAAGUAUGGCAAGUUUCCUAUCAUUGACUUGGGAACUAUCAAGAAAAUCAAGCAUGGAGAGAUUCAGGUGUUAUCGGCAGAAAUAGAGAAAGUUAGAGGUAACGAAGUGUUGUUUAGAGAUGGCAAGUGCCACUCAUUUGAUUCGAUCAUAUUCUGCACUGGCUUCAAUACAUCAACACAAAAGUGGCUCAAGGGGGGUGAUGAUCUUCUGAAUGAGAAUGGUUUAGUCAAGGCAAGUAAUUUUCCAAAUUACUGGAAGGGUAAGAGCAAUUUGUACUGCGUUGGGCUUGCACAAAGAGGAUUCUUUGGAGCUAGCAGUGAUGCCCAAAAUGUAGCAAAUGAUAUUGCCUCACUUCUCAAUUAACUUGUAAUUCUUAAUGUUUUCUUGGCCUGUAUGGUUACUUUGAAGUUUGAACUUUUAUUCAAAUUUUACAUGUUAGUGUCAAACUAUGAAGAAUAUGUUUUUGGUCAAAGCUAUGAAGCAAUAUUUUUGUCACUA